UAAACCUCUAAACUAUGAAACCAUAAAACCCUAAAUGAAAAAAAGUACUUCCUAAUUAGCUCUAAACUACUGUAAACCCUUACCUAACAUCUAAAUUAUCCAAAAAACAGAAACUAUAGAUGUGUAAACCCUAAUUGGAUUUAUAUAAUGAUUUCCGUAAACCGUUAAUUAGGAGUAUAAGCUUAACUUAAGGGCUAAAAUAAUAUCCAUGUCAUAGUUAAUGAUAUAUAAUUUUGAAAAUUAUUAAUAAAUGACAUAUCUUCUCCAAUGCGUGUAUGAAAGAGGUGAUAUCUGCCGAAGAGAUGGGCACGUGAAUAAUAACAACUUAAUUUCAAUUUUCCCAACUAGCUUCAUUUCCUUUCUUUGUCGUUAGAGUAUGAAAUUGGGCGAGACAAUUUGACUCAAUUAUUUCAAAAUAAAACAAUUCGAUCAAAUAAUCUCGAUUUGCAAUACAAUAUGAGGAUGCAACCACUGGGAUGAAAUAAUUUGAAUUGCUUUUUCUUGCAUCAGCUUGAAUUGAUAGGAUAUUGACAAUUAUUCAUCAUUUCAUAAAUCUAUCAUCCAAACAACCCCUUCUCUUUUCCCAUUUCCUUUUCUUUUAAUUCCCAUGUCCGGAUAGUCACACACGAAAAUACUUUAAUUAACUGCAUCGAUCCAACGACUGAAAUCACAUGAAGAGACGAUCGGUAGUGUUAGUUUGCAUUGGAUCGGAGCUUUGAGCACAAUACCCUAAUUAACUCAAUCAUAACCACCUUUAACAUCGGAUAAAGCAUACAUACAAAUAUAAUUCGGCGUGUGGCGUCAGUUCAUCUGAAUAUUAAGACCACAUAUAUAUAUAACGCAUUACUACAGAAGGACUUUAGAAGAUAACAUUAGUCUUUCCAGGGCCGUCCCAUGAUAUUUGGAGACCUUGUUCGAAAAUUCAAAAUGUGGCCCUAAUUUUUUUCCCCAUAAAUUUAUCAAAAUUAAAAAUUAGUAAAUAAUUGUAAAAAAAAUACUUAAGUUCAGAAAAAGAUUACAUCAGGAAUAAACGAUCUCGUUUCCAGUUUGACCAAGAAACCAAGACCGAAUUCCCAGCCCUAGUAGGGAGGAAAGUAAAUCUGGAAGGAAGAGAAAAUGGAUAUAGCGUAAAAAUUGAAUGGAGAAAUGAAAAUAGUCUAAAUUGAUCGAGAAGUGGGUGCAGGGCUGUCUACUAGAGCGUGGAGGCCCUAUUUCAAAAUCUAGACGUGGUCCAAAUCGACCUUUAACUAUAAUAAAACUAAAAUGAUUAUAAUAACAUUAUUCAAAAUGUAAUAUCUUUCUAUAUUGUUUAAAUUAAAAUUAUCUAUUAUUUUUCAGAUUUUCGUAUUCUCCAUGAGAUCCUUUUCAAUUUUUAUUAUAGCUAAAAUUAUCUAUUAAACACAUCAUCAUACUCAUAAUCAAUCAAUCAUACACUAAAAAUACAACCUACAAUAUACGAUCGGUAACUAACGAAUCUAAAUAGAGGCCCAUAAUAUUCUGAUGCCCUGUGCUGGAGGGCGGGCCAGCACACCCUCUUGGCCGGCCCUGAGUCUUUCAGCCUGUCUCCCAACACAUGCAGCACUGAAAAGAAGAAGAAAAAUCAUCCACUUGCGCGCAAAAGCCUAUAGGCUAGCUAGCCAUGCACUUAAGAUAGUGAUGAGAGGUAUAUUAUCCCUUUACAUGAAGGGCACUUUCAUCAAAUCUCUUCCAAUUCCCCCCACCGCCACCAUCGAUCUUAUAGGGUCACUUUCAGGUCGAACGUCGACGUUUUGAAGCUCAAAGGUAAUAGUUGAUAAUAGUGUAGGUCUGUUUGAAGAACACCCUAUGGACGACAGACAGAUAUAUAUGUAUGAUUGCGAAAUUGGGCAGCCCUUAUUAGUUUCCUGGAGAUAAGGUUCCAUAGGGACAAGCACUACAUGGUCUCUUUCAGAGGAAUGUAUUUCCUUGAUGCAACGAUUAAAAACGACAUCUUUGAUUGACAAAUCAAAUAGAUGUAUGAACAAUUGACUUCGCCGCCUCAGCACCAAAAUAAAAAUCACUCAAUAAACAAAGGUCAACGUGGUUUUUAUUUCCACGAUAGUGCUGGAGCUAUUUGAAAUUUAGGAGGUCGUAAAUUUUAGUUAAAAAUACAUGUAAAAUUUAUACAAAUAUUGAGACUUUAGUCCUCUCUCGAUUAUCGGGCUCGAAUCCAUUAAAAUUCAGUUUUUUAAUUAAUUGGAUUUAUGACUUUACCAUUAAAUAAGAAGUUUAGUAUAGACAAUUUUGGAUAGACUGUGUUAUACCGUGAAUAGUUUACAUUUAUUUCAUGACACAAAUCAGAUCAUAGUGCAUAAAUUGGCUAAUUUUUGUUCAAAUGAAUUUUUUUAUUUACUCCCUUCUCGAAUCAGGAUUAAACCAUAAUAUUGCAUAUACUUCCAACCAACGUAGUCAAAAUCGCACUUUAAAGUUUAAAAACUUACGCUUUUACGCUUCUGGGUCACAAAAACACUUUUACGCAUAAUCACCAUUUUUAUAACUAUUGUAGUUAAAAGUUAAAACUACUCUUUAAAGUUUAAAAACUUACGAUUUUAAGCUUCUAGAUCACCAAAAUGCUUUACGUAAAAACGUGCUUUUGACUAUAUUGCUUCCAACAAAGCCAUCACAACAUUAUUUACAUUUUGUUGGGGGUGUUGCAAAGAGAGGAGCCCAAACAAGGACCUGGUGGAGCCCAAUGAAGGAAAUGAAGGUUACCCAGUGGGAGAAGCCCAUGAAUGGACCCGCUGGCCCCAACCCAAGUAGGAUGAGGGGCGCAUGGAGACAAAAUAAGGAAGACCCCAAAGAAGUCCACGCCUAUCAGUUGUCAGAAGACUGACAAGGCGGUUGGGGCGCCGCCUGACUUAAAUGAAGGUACGAAGCAUUAAAUGUGACGCUGACGUGGAGUUGCUCGGCCUUGAGUUGGGUGAGUAUAAAUAGGAGCGGUAGGUAGCAUUUACACAGGUUGGACUCUCUCACUAAAAGCUUGAACUAAACACUUCUCUCUCUAAAAGGGAAACUGACUUGACCGUCGGAGGGUUAACGGGCCUGGGCGCCCCCCCCCCCCCCCCCCUAGAUUCAUUUGUGUAGACCAGGUGCCGGGAGAUCGUGGAGCGAGGAAUGGGCGUGUGAGCAAUUGGUGACAGAGCAUUCCGGCACAAAUAAUUGGCGGGCAGGAAGGGGAAUACGACCGAAAACUACGAGCAUGGAGCCGCCUACGAGCGGAGAGGAGGAGCAAGUCACGGGGAACCCGUCUGAAGGUCAAGAGGGCAGACGCCCGAGGCCAUAGAGGGAGAAGGAAGCGAGACUAUGUUCCCGAACUCGGAGAGCGCCUCGAUCACUAAAAAGGAGCUAUUUAGUAUAAUUGAAGAUCAAAAUGAAGCAAUUGAGAUUCUCAAACGAGAAGUUAAGGCGCUGAAGAGGGGAGAAGGGGCAGUGCACAACCCAGCUUCGAGGAAAAGAGAAAGGACCGCGGAGAUGGAAAACGAGUCUAGUCCGUCGAGGCGCCCAAUAUCCAUGUGGCGCCCAAACGAUCAAGGGAGUUCCGAUUUCGAGGGAUGCAACGUAGGGAUGUUAAGGCGCUUGUCCCAUCAUUGCUCUGUAAGGAAACCUUUAGCGAGGAACGUGUUGACGGAAUCGGUCGGGACCAACAUACCACCACUCCCAAAUUAUGAUGGAACGACGGAUCCGGAAGACCACCUGAACGGUUACUUCACAAAAAUACAGCUCUACAAUAGUUCGGAUGCAACCUUGUGUAAGGUGUUUCCAUCGACUUUCGCGGGCGUUGUGCUCAAUUGGUACCAUCAGUGCUUUGAGCAAUUCGCGGCGAUGUUUUUGCAAAAUUUGCCAGCAGAAAGGGCCGCUCCUUGACCAUAGGCUCCCUCUUCAAGGUCAAACAGAAAGAAGAAGAGAUAUUGAGGGAAUUCUACGAAGAGGUGGCUCUCAGUAGCCUUAGCGGUAAAGAACGCCCAACCGUCGGUGUUGGGGUGUUGUCUAAAUGAGUGCACCACGAGUGAAGAACUUUGCAGGGCGCUUGCUACGAGGAAUGUGGUAUUCAUGGAAGAUCUAGAUCACCGGGUGCAGAAAGUAAUCAUACUCGAAGAAACCCUGGCCUCCAGGAGGGCAGAUAGACGCCGAUCAAGGGUGGACGAAGGCGAAACUGUACGAAGAUCGCCCCCACCCCUCCCGGGUCGGGAUAUGUACCCACAAGCUACGCCCAAGCAAAAAGGACAGAAAUGGGUCGCCAGGCGCCCAGGGGAGCAAGUUCCUUCGCGGAGUUUAACGACACACUGAAAAAUGUACUCCAGCACGUCAAGGAGAAAGGAUACAACGUCUGGUGGUCGGGUUCGAUGAGGGGGGCAACCCAAUGAGCGAAAUUUGGACCAAUAAUGUGACUUUCACCGAGAGGUAGGGCACCUCACGGCCAAUUGCUACUAGUUAAAGACCAAGCUGCAGGGCUUGGUGGAUAGGGGAAUGCUCAAUGACUUUGUCAGAAAGCCCGAAGAGUGAGAGCACCGUGCGUGUGUCGCCAGCACAGAGCUGAAAGGCACAAGGUGGCAUUGCGCUUUGCAACUCUGAAAACAAACAACGUCGCAGAAUACGAAGCGGUUGUCGCCAGCCUCCUCAUGGAAAAAGAGUUGGGCGCCUAGAAGAUACAAGUCAAGUCUGACUUGGCUCUUGUAGUCAACCAGCUCAAUGGGGUCUUUGAAGUCAAAGAAGAGGCGCUCGAAGGUUACGUGCGAAGGAUAAAAGAACUGGGAGCCU